CUGAAAUCGAAGAUCCAACCGAUGUGAUUAUCCAAGUGGCUUAUAAUGGUGUUUGCGGGAGUGACGUAUUUAUUUCAUAUUGAAAUUUCCGAAAACCUCAAGGUACAUGCGUGCACGAGGCUAACAGUUACGCUCUGGGGACUAGGUACAUUUCUGGCUUCAUGGCGGCGUCAAGAGUUUCGUCUCUCAAUCCGACCCUAUCGUCAUGGGCCAUGAAGCAUCAGGAAUCAUCCACAAAGUCGGCGAGAAAGUAACCACCCUGCAGCCCGGAGACCGCGUCGCCCUGGAACCAGGCUAUCCGUGUCGGAUCUGUCCGUGCUGUAAAAGGGGACGCUAUAACCUCUGUCCGUCGAUGAUGUUUGCGGCUGUCCCGAUGCGCUGUCACGGGACGUUGACGCGGUUCUUCAAGCUGCCUGCGGAUUACUGCUACAAGAUCCCCGAGGGGACGAUGGGGCUGGAUGAGGCUGUUUUGCUGGAGCCGUUGGCAGUCGCGGUGCAUUCGGUGCGACAGGUGGGGGUUAAGCCUGGGGAUAAAGUGGUGGUGUUUGGGGCCGGGACGGUGGGCAUACUCUGUGCGGCUGUGGCGAGGGAAUUCGGAGCCAGAAUGAUCGUCUCGGUGGAUAUAAAUGAGGAGAAGCUGGAAUUUGCGCGGGGGAUAGUUGUUUCUGAUUCGACGGGGUAUGUUGAUUUUCGAGCGUUCAAGCCGGAUUCUUUCAUGACCUCGGAGGACACGGCUCUACGAUUACUGGAAGAACAUGAUCCUCGAGAAGAAGAGGGGGAUAUUCCUGGGUUUGAUGUCGUCAUUGAAGCCACCGGUGCCGCUUCCUGCGUACGGACUGGGAUUCAUGCUAUACGGGUUGGAGGGGUGUUUGUCCAGACGGGCAUGGGGAAGAGAUGCAUGGAUUUCCCCAUCGGUGCGGUGGCGGAGAAGGAGAUUAUGCUGCGGGGAUGUUUUCGAUAUGGACCGGGGGAUUUCAAACUGGGCUUGCAACUGGUUGUGGCCAAGAAGAUCCUUGUUGGACGGUUUAUCACCAAGGUGGUGCCGUUUGAGAAGGCAGCAGACGCGUGGGAGACGACCAUGAGAGGAGAGGGGAUUAAGACAGUGAUUAGGGGAAUAUAGGAAGUGUAUAUGGAUGGGUGGGCUAUAAUACGAAUAAAGACAUUAAUUCAAAAUAAACUAGACUAAACUAAUAAUAAGGACCGUAAAUAUUUUGGCCGGUAACCGUCAUUCCUCCAACAUGGAGCACUCUUUCAAACAAUCUUAUGCGAUAUUCAUGUCUCAGGCAGUGAUGAUGAGAUCAAAGAUGGGGUUUCGAGGUUCAUCGA